CCUCGCCCCCCACACUAGAGGCCGUAGCCAGCCAGCAGCCACCUCCAUCCAGGCGCAAAGCCGCAAACCCUAGGGAAUCUACCCAGGAAUCCCACCCGAAUCAGGCCUGUAUCCUCGGAGUCGUCGUCGCGGGGACCGGAUUGCCGCGGGGCCGGAGAGGAGCAGAGCAAAUCAUCUCGGAAGGAUAAGGUUUCGGAGGCGGGAUCAGGAGCGGAGGGGACCUGUUAUAGGUAUCGUAGAGUCGUAGGUUCGCGCUGACAUUGGAAGAAGGCGGAGAGGCGGAAGCGGAGCAAGGGGAGAGCAAUAGGGGAAGGCUCAGGGCACUAAGAAUUUCUUGCAGAGAUCCAGGAGAAGAGCAACAGAAAUCGACGCACCAAGAGCACAAGAGGAGCAGAACUCUUCUUGCAGAACUAAAAGAUGCCUCAAGUGCGGACUGCCAGCAGGCCGGUACUUGCCAGCCACUCUGGUGGCGGGUUCUUCGUCAGGAGGGUGGCAUUGCCGGGAAUCGUGGUGGUAAGGUGUACCAUCAAGCCACUGGCUCGACGGGCUCGGACACGAUUGUGCAACAAGGAGAAUGUGCCACCAGUGGGGGCUGUGAAAACUGCACCAAAGAGUAGGAGCCCCCUACCUGACUGGUACCCGAGGACCCCACUCCGUGACAUCACAUCUAUCGUAAAGGCUCUUGAGAGAAGAAGUCGGCUAGAGGAUGCUGCGGCUCAGCAGCAGAUCCAAUGGAUUGAAGAUUCCUCACAAUCGGAGGAUUCAACAACUCCAGUCCAAGCAGAACAGAAUGAUCCUCAAAGCACACUGCAAGCUCCGGAGGCACUGCGUGCUGUUGCCUCUGGUCCUGGCUCUACUUCAGUUGGUGCAAACCCCCCAGCUUCUGUGGCUGAGGGUGAGCCGAAGGAGUCUUCCUCUCCAUCUGACUGCUCGUUGCAGACGGUUCCAUCCAAACCAAAUGAUUCAGCUCAUGCUGAUCUAAUGGAGAAGAAACUGUCCAGAUCAAUAGAGCAGAUUGAAAAGAUGGUGAAUCAACGACUGAAGGAAACUCCAAAGGCCGCUCAGCCUUCCAAGGUGUCUGUCCAGAGGCGCACCCUGAUGUCCAUGCGAUGAGCCAAACCCUGCUCUGCACAUCAAUGGCUCUCUUCUAUCAGCUGCUUUCUUAGCAGCUAGCCUAGGCAUGAUAUUUAAAACGAACUACUAAUUGAGGCAUGGUGCCUGCUCAAUUUUGCCUUUAGAGGGUGGAGGUUCUCUGCUUGAGGACCAUGGGAUAGGGGGGCUUCUAGGUUCCAGUGUUUGAGGGUAUAGUUAUCUGUGGUUAAAACCUGUGAUGGUAUGCUUACUGCAGUAAAACUUCAUUCGUGCUUGUCUUGUCUACCUUUACUAGAAACGAACUGCUAUUUUACACGUCUUUUUAUUUGUAAAAUAUGUGCCUUAACCUCACUAUGUAGCAGUACGAUGUUUUGGAUCUUGAUGGUGUUAACUGAAUAGAUGCCACAGUUCUAGCAUUUGAGUUGCAA